GCGGCCGAGUCAGUAAACAAGUGGAGUUGUUUUUCUGUUUCAUUGAUUUGGUUUAUGACAUAAUGUUAAUCCGUGAAUCUUUGUGAAUUUGUAAUUUCUAUAUUUAGUGAAGUGUGUGUUGUUAAAUUAAAGUAUGUGAAAUGAUAAACACUUAAUUCUAAAUGAUUCGUGAACCAAUCCAAAUGCAUGAAAAUGGGAGACACCCAUUUCUUUACUAUUGUUACGGCGUUAUUACUGAUACGAAUUACGUCCCAAACUGAAUACUACGAGUGUCCACAAAAAUGUGUCUGCCUAAAAAAGUAUGUGGAUUGCUCCGGAAAAAACUUGGCUACUGUGCCCAAUAUUCCUGUGUGGGUGGAACAAUUGGAUCUAAACUCCAAUAAGCUAAGCAAAGAUGUUACCGCUGGCUUCGAAAGACUGGCCUAUUUAAGAAUCCUAAGGCUCGACAAAAAUGCUUUAACACACAUACCUAAUUUUCAUAGCAUCAAUGAAAUACAAGAUGUAAGUCUAAAUAAGAAUCAUAUAGAGUCCAUAGACGCAGGACGUUUUCCAGUGAACUGCUCCAUAAAAGUAUUAAGUUUAAAUAACAAUCGCAUAAAGACUAUUGAUGAAAAUGCUUUGGUCAACCUCACCAAUCUGGUCUCACUGAAAUUGAACAAAAAUGAAAUUGUGUCACUGCCCAACCAUCUCUUCAGCAAUCAGUCUAACCUCAAGGUUUUGGAGCUGAAUCACAACAAACUGAGAGUCAUAAAUGGGUUAGUUUUCAAAGGAUUGUCUAACCUUUCAGUUCUGAGAAUAAAGUACAACAAUAUUGAAAAUAUUAUGGAUGGAGCAUUUUUUGGUUUUAAAUCAGUAAAUUUAUUGCAUCUGGAUCACAAUGGAAUUAAAAAUAUAUCGAAGGGCUGGACUUAUGGACUGGAAUCUUUAGCCACAUUGUCAAUGUCCAAUAAUUUAAUUUCGCAUAUUGAUUUGGGCAGUUGGGAGCUGUGCUCCAAAUUAGAAAAUUUAAAUCUCUCCCACAACAGUCUGUUUGAAAUAGAGGGACGAACCUUCCAGCACUUAGUUAAUUUACAAACUCUUAAAUUGAGUAACAACAAUAUUUCCUCAAUAUCUCAGGAGGCCUUUAGUCAUAUGACUAAACUGCAAAUUCUCUAUUUAAACAACAACAAGAUUUCAUGGACUGUGGAGGACAUGUCUGGACCGUUUUCUAAGCUGCAAAGCUUGAAGAUAUUUAACUUAUCAAACAAUCAUAUAAAAUCUAUAGGCUCAAGAGCUUUUGAGGGAUUGAAUAAUGUUGUAGAGCUAGAUUUAAGGAACAACAAUAUAACAUCAAUCCAACAGCAUGCCUUUGAUUCUAUGUCUAAACUGAAGAAAUUUUACCUCAAUUCUAAUUCUCUCCUAUGUGACUGCAACUUACUAUGGAUUGUCAAGUGGAUAAGAGAUAAAGUGGAGCAUAGAUCUGUAAAAGCGACAUGCGCCUACCCAUCUGAAGUCAGAGGCUUUGCUAUUUCCAAACUGAAGGAAGAUAACUGUGGGGACAACUCCCCAAAGCCAAAAAUAACAGAACAUCCAAAACCACAUCAUGCCAUAAAGAAUCGUUCAGACAAUUUAGUAUGCUCAGCAACAUCAAACCCUUUUAGUAAUAUCACAUUCUUAUGGAGAAAAAAUAAUGGCAACAUAAGCAACCCAACAGUUUAUGAAAAUGUUACCGUAUCUGAAAAAGGACAUAUAGCCACCUCAAUUUUAAUACUCCCAAAUGUUGCUUAUGGUGAUGCAGGAAGAUACCAAUGUGUUGUUAGCAACAAAUUUGGCACAACAUACUCAAACAAAGCCACUGUCAACAUUGUGACGUACCCACAUUUUCGAGUAAAACCCACAAAUGUGACAGUAAAGACUGGAGAACUCGUGACCCUUAAUUGUGCUGCAACUGGUGACCCACCACCUGAAAUUUCUUGGAAGAAAGAUGGAGGCAAUGACUUUCCAGCAGCCCGAGAAAGAAGGAUGAAUGUGAUUCCCAAUGAUCCUCGAUUUUUCAUUGUUAAUGCCAAACCAGCAGAUAUGGGCAUAUACAGUUGUGCAGCAAAAAAUGAUGCUGGUACCAUAUUAGCCAAUGCUACAGUAACAGUAUUGCAGGAGCCAUCCUUUAUUAGAGUGAUGGAAAACAAGGAGGUCGUCAGUGGAGAAUCAACUGUACUAGAAUGUACAGUGACAGGUUCACCAAAACCAGUCCUGAAAUGGUUUAAAGAUGGCUCAAUUGUAGUUCCUUCCAAGAGGCAUUAUUUCCUAAAUGAUAACCAGUACCUCGUUACAAUUAAUACAGAAUCUGAGGAUGCAGGCCAAUAUGAGUGUGAAAUCACAAACGAACUUGGCACUAAAAAGGAAAUGUUUGAGGUGAAAGUGCUACCUCCAGUAGCCAUUAUGGUUAAAGAAGAAGAUAUGACCGGUAUAAUUAUAAUAACGGUAGUGUGUUGUGCAGUAGGAACUUCGAUCAUAUGGGUGGUGAUUAUUUAUCACACCCGUAGACGGAUGGCGGGUGCGGUACGCCAGUAUCCAGCUGAAAGUGUGAAAAUGACACAAGUUGUGCAUAGUGAUAGUGAAUCCCCUCACAUGUUUCCAGACAAUCUAUCCGAACAUUCAUCGUGCAAAGAUAGCGGGACUGGAGAUUCGGCUAAACAAACGAGCUUUGAUGGUGUGCCUACAGAUAAAAGUGAUCAAGUGCAUUUUGAAUCUGCAGUAUGCCGAAGCUAUUCACCAGUACAGGAAGCACAUAAGCUCCUACCUUCCUCCUUUAAACCGUCUAUACAAGUAUGUUAUGGUCAACCAGGUGCAGGGUAUACUCAACCAGGUGGUCAAGGUCUGGAGAUGGGGCACGGACCGUAUCCGUCCUUGGGAGGUGGUGGCACGGUGUCGCCGCAGGUGCAGCAGUGGUUCCGGGCGGUUGAUAAAGACCAAUCUGGUUUUAUAACCGCAGUGGAGCUGAGAUCGGCCCUCGUUAACGCCAACGGACAACAGUUUUCCGAAAUUGCCUGUAACUUGAUGCUUGGUAUGUUUGACAAAGACCGCUCGGGACACGUCAAUGUUGAGGAGUUUGAUAAACUGUACACAUACGUCAACCAGUGGCUCACGGUGUUCAAGACAUAUGAUACUGACCAGUCUGGACAUAUUGAAGAGGAGGAACUUAGUAAAGCAUUCACGCAAAUGGGAUUCCGUUUCACACCUGAAUUCAUAUCGUUUUUGAUAAAGCGAUGUGACCCAAGAGAAGGCAAAGUCUCUGUUGACAACUUCAUAGUAUUGUGUGUGCAGCUACAACGCUUUACUGAAGCAUUCCGUACCCGUGACACCCAACAAAACGGGACAGUUACGAUUGGUUUCGAAGAAUUCCUAAACAUCGCUUUAAGCUGCUCUAUUUAAAAUUUAAAUGGUGGAUGCUGACUAACACUUUACAAUAAAAAAUGACGGGUACGAAUAACAAUAGCUUAUAAUCACGCAAUAAAUAUAUGAGGGUUCGCAAUAGUGAAAUCACAGACCGCGUUUUAGCACUAAGGAGGAUUGGACUCAAAAUAUCGAAUAUGAAAUUAAUUAUAUUUUGUAUUGUUAUUUGCUAGUAGAUAAUUUUGUGAGUGUUGCCAGAAUAUAUUAUUAUAUUUUGUAUAUUAUGUUUUAAAAUGAGUUGUAAUAAUACAUUUGUUGAAUGCUA